UAGAUGUUCGAUCAUCGACGACCGCGACGACGGCGGUGACGGCGACAACGACACCGCCUAGAGUGGCCGGCCUCGGCGAGGCCUCGACGACCCAGCCAAGGCGCUGGCGGAGUCGGCCGAACUCCACGAGCGGGACCGCCAGCUGAUGGAGGAGGUGGGCAGCCUGCACCAGCGCCUGGAGACCAUGAAGGACGGCGAGGCCGAGCUCCGCGAGCGUCUCCGGCGACAGGACGCCACGCUCGGCGCGCUGCGCGCGCAGGCGGACCAGAGCGGCGCGAGCGCGCGGAGCGCCCAGCAGCUGGCGCAGGCCACCGCCCGGUGCCUCGAGGCCUCCGCGCUGGGCGGCGCGGCGGCCGCGCUCGCCCUCUGCGGCUGGCUGCUGGGCCUCUGCGCCGGGCUGCCCUGGCCUGGCGGCCGCGGCGGGGCGCCGGCAGCCAAGGGGGACCGCGGCUGGAGCGGCGCAGGCGCAGGCGCGGCUCCGGCCCCUGGCGCUCUGGCCGCGAGGCACUUUGCCCUCGGAGCCAUUUGCAUCACUCCUGUCUUUCCCGCCAUGGCGUCCAGCGAUGCGUUGAGAGCUCUAACGGAGGCCAUCCAGAACCCGUCUCGCGAGGUGACCGCCGAGAUGAGCAGCCUGAAGAAUUUCAUCCAGACGUACACGGACAAGGCCACCACCAUGUGCAGCGACGGGGACACCAUCAGCAUCGACGACGACGCGCAGGACAAGAUGACCGCCAUGGUCGAUUCAAGGGUCGCCGACGUUCAGCCCCAGAUCAACUCUCCUUUCUCGCACCCGCCAUCACCUUUCUUUCUCAUUGGUUUCGACAAGUGCGCCCUGGCCGCCCUGCAGCAGACCGCUCUUCAGUUCGACCAGAACAUCACGGUCAAUUUCCAUAGGGUGUCCACGAGAUACAGCAUGCACUGCCAGUCCAAGGAUCACUGCAAGGACUUCCGUGAGUGGGCCCUCGCCGACCUCCCCACGUGGUUCGCCCCACGCAUGAAGGAGACCCUCGGGCGCGAGGGUUUCGAGUCGCCGCUCAAGGGGAGCUCCCACACCAUGGGCGAUAUGCACCUUUCGACCCCGAAUCCCACGUCAGGCGAGGCGAGUGGAGAGUGCGCCGCACUCGAGCGCCUGGUCUCCCAGCAGCUGCAAGGCCCAACGACCAGCACAGCGCGCUACGAGUUCAAUUUCGUGCUGCACGCCGGCUUCAUCGCAGUGGUGCUGGUGCGUUACGACGAUGACUUCUGGCACGUUCGCAUUCUGCUCGCGCGUGUUGAGGACAAGCGGUGGAUCAUAUAUACACCUGAUAGUGACCUGUAUGAGGAGGACUACGGCCCGAACAACGGCGACAUCACAGGCGCGCGGGCUUUCAAGGCGGACGGCAGCAUCCCGGCGAGCCUGCAUGGUGCCAGCAUUUACAAUUUCAGAGCCGGUGCCGAACCUGAUCAGGCUGCGCUGCGUGGGCUGAUGGAGGAGGCACAGGAUCUGGUGGCACUGGCCGGCCGCGGAGUGGCUCCGCCAGGGGCCGAGCCUGAGGUCCGGCUGUUCGCGGAGUCGAACGCAAUGUUCUCGGUCGGAGACGAGUGCCCAGGGCAGCCAGAGGUGUUUGUGGAGAAGCGCGGCCUCGCUCGCGCUGGGCUGGAUGUUCUCAUGGUUGAGAAGGUGGCGAGGAAUCAGGUUGAGCAGUGGAAGACGGCCCACGCCGCCUCCAGCGACGCGCGGGCGCUGCUGGUGCGGUACUCCCCCUCUGGUGAGCGGCUGCGCAGCUGGGCGGACGUGGCCGAGAGCGUGAACGAGAGUGCGAUCGACCACUGGCCCGUGAAGGGGCCAAGGACAGCGCAGCGGGUGGCCCGCUUCAUGUCCCGACGCAACACAGGGCCAGAGGAUCACCACCGCUGGUGGAGGUCGACCGCUCGACUUAACGCCUCAGACUGGGGCGUGGCCGAGCACGGCCAGCUGUGCUCGUACCUGGAGGCGGCGGGGAGCGUGGACCAGCUCGACCUGUCGAAUUUGGUGGUGAUGGAGAAGAUCGCACGCCGACUCCAGACAAUAGAGUACCAGUACGCGGAGAAGGUUCGGGAGGGCGAGCGCGGUGGCACCGCCGGCGCGUCUUCCGCCGUCGCCGGCUCGGCCGUCACCGCGAAUGACGAGAUGGACCUGUUCGAGGGACGGGAGCGUGUCAAUCCUACGGUGUGCUGCGCCCCGACGCUCAUUGAGCACGCGAGUAAGGAGUUAGAGAAGGAAUCGCAGAUCCAGAAGCAAGCCAGAAAAGCACGUCGCGAGGAAGUCCAGGAGUGGAUGAGCGAGCAUGCGCUACCAAACUCGGUGGGCAUGCGCAGUUUUGAAGUGAGCAAGAUGAAGAUUUAUCAUGACCCUGGUCUGCGCAAGUCAAUGCGCAGAUAUGCACGCGUGCUUCAGAUGCUGCAUGACAGGGACAUGGUUGAGUUUGUGUGCGAGGAAGGUGACACUUGCGUAGGACUUUUUACUGUGCGCAAGAAAAGCGGUGCCCAGCGCCUGAUUGCCGACUGUCGGCAGUCCAAUUGCUUUUUCACAAGUAGCGAUCACGUCGAGCUGCCCACGUCGGGCGCCCUGUCCAGGUUACGGCUCGAGGCAAAGUGGAUGAAGCAGCUGCUCCCCGACAUUCUGAGCACUGGAGGGAUUGUGCGACCUCGGCUUACUGUCAUGCCAAUGGGCUGGGUCCACGCGCUGUACUGGUCGAUGUCGUCGGAGUUGGGGGAGAUCUGCUGGGGCUCAGUGUCUCGGGAGACGGUCGGAUCUUGCCACGGCAUGAACGGUAUUCAGAUCGGUGGCAUUUCUUGGGCGGAGGUCGUGCUAAUCCUCGGGCUGUGCUGGAAGAAGGGGAUGAUGAUGGCGCUGGGGCACCUGAAGGUUCCUUGCGAGGAGUGCCUCCUGUUCCUGGGCUUCACACUAGCUUGCUUCAUGCUAAGUGGCAUGCGGAUCCUCGCCUGCCGCGACGGCGCCUGGUCCCUGCCACAGCGCCAGAGCAUGUGCGUCGGCGAGUUCGGCGACGGCAGGCGAUCGUACCUCCGUCGGCUGGCGGGGCUGGCGCGGCGCUCGGGGAUGGUGAUCGCGCAGAACGUGACGGGCGUGGAGCUGGACCGGGCGCAGGAUCGCAUUAUCCGCUUCCUCGGCCAGAUGAGCGCGGUGAGCCUGGACGCGGCGGUGGCGGAGCACCUCAACGAGGAGUUCUUCGAGGGCGCGACGGGGGGCGAGGGCGGACGGUUGCUGGCGGCGCUGUCCUGGGCCUUCGCUUCCGUGGGCAAGCAGGCGUGCAACCUCCCUCGGGCGCGGACAUGUUCCGCGGCGUUGCGCCGACUUGCUCUGGGCGAGUCGAGGCUGCCAGUGCCCGAGAGCCUCCUCUUUGUGGUGGCGAACGAGCUGAUCGCACAGGGGAAGUUGCAGCAAGGUGUAGCGGUCUUGGCGGCGCAUCACUGCUACCUUCGCCCCGGCGAGCUGUCCCGCACCACGUGGGGGAUGAUCCACCCGCCAGUCAGUGCGAGUGGGCCCGGGGCCACAGUCACCAUCGUGCUACAUCCUUUCGAGCUCGGCGUGAGCUCCAAGGUGGGGGAGUUCGACGAGACAGUAGGGUGGACUGGCCACCUCUUGCUACGGCGCUCCUUCGGCUUCGACGGUCGCAGGACGAUCGCGGAGAUCAAGCACUCAGAAGAAAUAAUUCGCCGCCAGGUGUUUGGAGGCUGUGCCGAGGAUCCUGCAGAGUGCGGCCGCGCCGCUGCAGGCUCCAGCGGGCCUGCGCGCACGUUGAUCGUGCCCUUCUUUUUAGAGAUCUUUGCAGGCGCGGCUCGCGUGUCCAGGGAGAUGUCCUGGCUCGGCUUCCUGGCGAUCGCUAUCGACACUCGGUUCGACGUGAGGCAUGACAAGAAAUGCCUGCAGGGGAUAGGGUCGCCAGCUCCGUCCCGCGCGCUGACGGCCCCAGAAGGACUGUGCAAGUGCGACGCGGGCGGCUCCAUGAAGGGUGCCAUCGAGGACAUCGAGGCGGAGACGGAGAUCAGCAAGGAAGAUAUCCUCGACGUCAUCAACUUCGCGCGCCUGGAAAAGUGCUACGACCACGACAAGACGAAGCUGGUGAUCGGCGCGCUAGGCGCGCCCAUGUGGGAGGGCCAAAUCCUGAUCAGCCGCGCCCUCGAGGCCGAGGGCCAGGCGGUCCACCGCCGAGACGUGGGCCCAGUGGGCUGGCUCGAGGAGGAGGCCGUGAUCGUCAAGAACGCGGUGUCGCCAGUGGAUAUCGUGGUGAGCACGCCGCUGGACCUGUUGACGCUGCCGAGGAACGUCGUCCACCCGGGGCUGGCCAUGCUGCGUCAGGCGUUCCUCCUCCAGCUGGUGUCCAUCCUGUGCCUCCAGCUGGCCAACGUGGUGCACCCCGUGACCCUUGGCAAGCGGCAGCUUCCGCCGCUGACCUCAAGUCUAUCUUCGAGGAGGCCCGGGGAACUGGCGGAGGCCACCAAGAAGGACCUUAUCAACUACAUUUCGGAGCGAUUGCCUGCCACGGUCACCUCGGACCAGAGGAUUUGCGAGAUCAGCGAUGAGAUGGACUCCGUGCGCAAGCGAGGCGAAGCCAUGGAACUGCGCCUGCAGGUGGCUCGGACGAGCGAGUGGGCUCGCAAGGUGGACCGUUCGGUGUUCAUCAUACGCGGCAAGGAGGACAUGGCCAAGGAUCUUGUGCAGCAAGCUCUUGCUCCAUGGCUUGACGCUGCCAAUUACCAGAUGGGCGAGGAGGUUCACGCCGACGGGGAGGCUCUUGAUUCGCUUCUCCGUCGGUUCCGGCACUCGCACCAUAUAUGUUCGGCCCCUCCUGAGCGCGAUCGGCUGGGCGGCGCGGCCACUAUCGUGCCGACGGGCCCUGACCUCACCAUCACCCCCGACGUCGUGGUUCCUGGCCGCAUCCUGCUCACGGAGAUCGUCCACAUUCCUUCAAAUUUCGUACUUUACCAUUGGAACGUCCACAACCACGACAUCUCCAAUAACGAGUUCGGGCCGUUCGCCCGCAAAUUCCGGGCCCAGGUGCGCGCAUCGCAAGCCAAUCCAGCCAAUUCGGUGGUUUUCUUGGUUGGGGACUUCAACAUCGCCGACUCGACCGGCGAGCGGGCUCCAAGUGGCACUCCUGACGGCUCUGGGGCUGAUGCGGCUCCUCGGCAGGAUCGUGCCGGCGACCGCCGAUGGAGACAACUUUGGAAGAAACUGGUCGAGUUCGACGCCGAACGCCCGACGCACUGGCACCAGCCUACGCAGCAAGCCAUUCAGAUCGACAGGGCGUUUACCUCGGCGCCAGCAUGGUUAGUCAUGAGGUUCUGGCAGUCCGUGACUGUUGCGGCUGAGCCGCAGGAGUUGCACCGAGACGAGAUCAGCGACCACGCGCCGCUCAUCUUACAGUGGGCGCCGAGGCCGCCUGGCGACCAAGAUCGCGUCCGGCCGCUUCCCAGGCACAUCGUGCAGGACCCGAUGUUCUCGAAGAUGGUCGUGGAGUACGAGCAGCUCGCUGGCAUUGAUCGCCCUUGGUUAUCUGCUCCGUCCAGGCUGCGCUUAGCAAUCAAAUGUCGCCGAGGCGCUGCGCGUGCCACUCGCGACUUGCAGCUUCGAGCGCGACGGUUGGGCGCCCCACAGUUCGCCAUGAUCUUCCGCACCAUCGCACUGGCCAUCAUGAGGCAGGAUGCUGGUGCGGCUCGUGCCGCGCGGGCCCGGCACGAAUGGACCCGGGAGUACGUCGCCGUGGACGUCGACGACCUCGGCGGCGCCUUCACGGUUCGCAACGUGGACCCCGUCCGCUUCCAAGGGGCCUUCCGUGACGCCCAGCACACGAGCCAGGAGGCUCUCGAGCUGCGCCGAGCGGCGCUGGUCACAGCCUGGGCUUGCUUCGCGAGGAAGCUCAGGAGGGCCGCGCAGGCGCGGCAGGCAGCGGACGAGGCGCGGGCGGCUGCACCCGCACAGCGGGAGGCAGCGGCGCCGGCGGCAGAGCGCUGGGCCGCAGAGGUUCGGACGAUAGGCAAGCCAGAUCACUUCGACGGCACGGAGUGGCGAGACUGGUCGGUGGGUUUCGGGGCGCACGCCGGGGCGACCAACCCUCGCAUGGCCGAGGCGCUCCAGCGACCUGCGAGGGCGGCGGCCCCCAUGCUCAACGCGACCUUGGAGGAUGACGACGUGGAGAUCAGCCGCCAGUUGCACUACUGGCUUGUGCAGACGUGCAGGGCCCAGGUGCGCACGAGGUACGCGGGCCUCCUGAUGCAGCUGCUCAGCUGGGACUUCAGCGGCGAGCUCAUCACGAGGAUGGAGGCCUUUGAGCGCGAGAUCUCAGUCUACGAAGGCCAGACGGGCGAACAGCUGAGCAACGCCAUCAAAAUCGGGAUCGUGCUGCAGAGGUUGCCAGACAGCCCGCCGAAGCAGCACAUGAUCAUGAACGCGGAACGGAUCGAGCAACGGGUGCAGUUCCGCGAGCGCAACAAGCCGGGCCACAUCGCCAAGCACUGCAAGCAGCGCGAGGUCCCCGCUGUCGAGGCAGGCCGCGAGCCGGAGCCCGAGAAGGCCAUCCGCGGGCUCUUCCUCAACGCCCUGAACAAAGGCAGCGCGGCGCAGGAGGCCUGCGACCUGCUGCAGGACAACGGGAUCGCGAGCGAGGAGCUCUACGGCAAGCUGCUGGAACUGGGAGCGGUCGCUCGCGGCCCUCGGAAGCUCGCGAUGGUUGUGGACUCCAGCGCGGCGACGACGGUGAUGACCAUGGAGAGCUUCGCAGACUACCCGUUGGUGGAUAACGAGAUGAGCAGGAGGGGCGAGGGCUACCGCGCGGCUGACGGUGGCUGGGUCCCCGACUGCUGCACGCGCGAGCUCGCGGGCGAGAUCACCGCCGCGGGCGGCGCGCGCGUGUUCGAGGGCAUCAAGGCGAGGGUGGCCCAUGUGACAAAGAGGCUGGCCUCGGUCUCGGAGAUGGUCGACGCAGGGCAUGCGAUCGUCUUCGGCCGCGAGCGGAGCUUCGCGAGGAACGAGAGCACAGGGCAGGAGAUCAACUUCGUGAGGCGCAACAGCGUGCACGAGAUGGACGUCUACCCGCGCGCGAAGGCGCGCGAGGUGCUGGGCCAGAGGAGACCGUGGGAGCCCACGGAGCAGCAGAAGAUGGAUCACGAGGUGAGCCGCGUCCCCUUCCGAGCGCGGCGCCGCCGCUGCGCGGCGGGCCGCGGGCGCGCGGCCCCACGUAAGCCGUGCGACCGCGCGGAAGACGGAGCGCCCAUCGUCGCGUUGGACUACGCGUAUUUGGGCGGCAGCCAGGACGGCGAAAACGGCUCCUCGCCGACCCCGGCGGCGCGCGACUCGGCGAUUCGAUGGAUUUCGAGCGAGGUACUGCCGAGCAAGGGGCUGACGCACCCCUUCAACGUGGAGACGUUGGCGAGGCUCUGCGCGCAGAUGGACCAUGCGAAGAUGCACUUGAAGUCGGACCAGGAGAAGCCCAUCGUGUCCCUGAAGGCCGCAGCAGCGGCGCGGCUCAAGGAGAACGGCGCCACGGCCAUGACCGAGGAGUCUGCCGCGGGCGAGUCCCAGAGCAACGGGGAAUCGCGGCUGGUGGGCAAGUGGCUGGAGGGCAUCCUCUUCGGGGUCGUGGAGGGCACCGACGAGGUGUGCAUCGGCGCGCCGAAGGGGGUCUUCCGGGCCCGCGGCGCGAGGCGCCUCCUGGGGCCCAGCUGGUCGGACAAGGUGCUGCUGGCCGAGAUGCGCGGGGUGCCCUGGGACCCGGUCCCUGGAGGCAUCGAGGGCAGUCGCGCCCCCGACGGGGGCGGCGGCCUGGCGGCACCGCCGGCGCACGUGAAGAUCGUGGCGGACCAUGCAGGAGCGCCGAGGCGCGUUUACCUGAGGCGCGACGUCGAGCUGCAGAGGCACGGGUACACCGAGGGAUGCUACGGCUGCACGUCAGCGGCCCUCGGGCGGCGCGCUCAGGCGCGCUCAGAGGAGUGCCCGAAGCGCAUCGAGGAGGCCAUGGCAUCGGACAUGGACCUGAGCCAGCGAGUCGAGGGCGCGAGGGCCAGGAGGGCACUCCCCUCGGCGGAGGACCGGGCGGCUCCUGAGGUGGGCCAGCUGACGAUCGCGGACGCUAGGCAGAUAGGCACCUUGCUGAUGCAGCUAGGAGCCUUCGAGGGUGACAUCGCGGAGGUGUUCAACCCGGGCGAGGUCUGCAGGCUGGCACCGUGCUUCGACCUGAAGCCGGGGAUCGCUCGCCAUGGACCUGCGGACUGGCUGGGACUUCCACGACAAGAGCCAGCGCGAGCUGGCGAUGCAGGAGAUCACGGAGAGCAAGCCCAUGUUCGCGGUGGCGAGCCCCGCGUGCACGCCAUUCUCGCUGAUCCUGAAGAUGGCGAGAAGGUGCGCGACCAGGAGCGGUACCAGGCGCUGCUGAAGCGCUGCGUCGUCUACCUCGAGCUCGUGCUGGUGAUCUGCGCACUCCAGCAGCGCGAGGGCCGGUUCUUCUUGUACGAGCACCCGUGGACGGCCUGGAGCUGGCACCUCAAGAUCGUAGAGAAGGUGCGGCUGCUGGAGGGACGCAGCGCAGACCUUCGCGACCACGCCGCCGCUCGAGGGGCUGCGGCUGCUGCUCUCCAUGGCCACGUCGUGCAGAGGCUCGGAGUACAAGACCCUCUGGACAUAUCCAGGGCCCACCUGCACUCGGAGCUCUUACGGCGCGUCUACCUGAAGGCGCCGGCAGAGGACGAGAAGUGCGGGGAGGACGAGCGCUGGCUCCUGCUGAAGGCCAUGCACGGGCUGCGGGAUGCUGGCGCGGCUUUCGACCUGAAGGUGGAGAAGGUCAUGGAGGAGCUUGGGGCGCGGCAGAGGCAGUUCAGCCUGUGCGUCUACAGGAUGGGGUCGCUGGUGGCGCGGCGCCACGGCGACGACUUCGUCGUCUUCGGCGGGCGCUCGGAGGCGAGGGACUUCGAGGCAGGCCUGGGCAAGCGCUUGAUCGUCCAGUGCCGCGGCAUCCUGGGCCCGGAGGCGAGCGAGGGCGACGUGAAGGAGAUCGUGGUGCUCAACCGCAUCUUGCGCUGGGCGGGCCCUCGGCACGUGGAGAUCGCGCUGGCGCGCCUCGGGCUCGACGGCAAGAGCAAGCCCGUCAGCGCGCCUGGCGUCGAGAAGGAUACGCCGGGCGGCGAGGGGCUGAAGGGGCGCGAGCGCGAGAUGUACAGGUCCGCGCGCAUGAGGCUGGCUUACCUCCCGCCGGACAGGCCCGACCUGCAGUUCAGCUCGAUGGAGGCGGCGCGCGCGGUGCAGGCGCCGACCUUGGGAGGCCGGGAGGCGCUCAAGAGGGUGGGGCGCUACCUGCUGGGGGCUCCGCGGCUGUUAGCGACGUGCGCCAGGCAGUCGCCGCCGAAGAAGCUGAACAUCUUCACGGACAGUGAUUUCGCGGGCUGCACGCGGACGAGGAAGUCCACCUGGGCAAUGAGUGCGCUGCGCGGCUCGCACUGGAUCAAGUCGUCUUCGACGACCCAGCAGGUGCAGAGCGUCUCGACGGGGGGGGCCGAGUUCCACGCCCUGGUCAAGGGGGCCUCGGCGGGGCUUAGCUUCCGCGCCCUGCUGGGGGACAACGGCUACGGCAACGUCGACGUGGAGCUGUGCUGCGACGCCACCGCGGGCAAAGUUGUGAAGAUCAGGAAGGUGCCGGGCGCCAGCGACGGCGCGGACCUUGGCACCAAGCAUGUCGAGGCGACGUUGAUCGCCAGAUCCCUCGCCAGCCUGGGCUUCGUCAAAAUGACGGGGUCGAGCAGCGUUAGCGACGCCAGCGACUACCUGUACGAGUACUCACCAGACGUCGGCGACGUCAAAGGCUUGUACAAGUUCAACCCCGCCAGCGUCAGCGACGCCAGCAUCUACCAGUACGAGUUCGACGCCAGCGACGUCAGCAACAACAACAGCAUCUACAAGCUCAACUCCGCCAGCGUCCGCGACGCUAGCUUCUACCUGUACGAGUUUCCAGACGUCAGCGACGUCAACAAUUGCAUCUACAAGUCCAAUUUCGCCAACGCCAGCGUCAGCGAUGCCAGCUUCAUCCUAGGCGUCAGCGACGUCGACCCCAGCUUCUACAAGUUCAACUACGCCAGCGUCAGCAACGAGCUCGAGGCGUUCAGCGCAGAGCUGGAGGCGUCCAACGUGGAGAUCUCCGAGCUGCUCGACGGCGACGACUCCGCGAAGGUGGAGGCCGCUGCGGCCGAUUUGGCCGCCAUCCCCGAGGCCGCCGCCAAGGAGCUGAAGUACGACAACAUGUCCAUCAAGGAGAAGAAGCUCAUGGAUGAGGCGAUGAAGGUCGAGUGGUCAAAGUGGACGGAGUUCGGGGCCUACAAGAAGCUGCCGCCUAAGCGCCACAUCAAGGGCAGCUUCCCGGCUGAGGGCGCGCCCCAUCUGGGCUCGGACGGCCGGUGUGGGCCGUUCGAUUGGCCGCACCUGCAGCAGGCUGCUCAGACAGGUACGGGUGCCAUGGGCAUGUGCGCCGUGACCUUCUGCUGCCCCCCGGCCUGUGCAGGAUUAACCUGCGUGAGCGGCGUGCUGACCUGCGCCAAGCCCACAAUAGUGCUGCACAAGGUUUGGCUGAUUGGGUCCAGCUUGCUUUUAUUGCUUGGACUGGGUAUCUACCUUCACUUGACAUUCGCGUGCCGGGAUCUGACAGCAACAAGCCUAGGCUUCGAGCCAGAGAAUCAGACGGGCGUCUGGGUGAACGCGACUGCGCAGCUGCCGUGGACAGCAGCAAAGCUGUGGCUUCCGCGGAUGUGUGAUUUUCCCACAACCGGCAUUUGUGACGAUUUUGUGGACGAGGAGGGUGCACGGGCUCAGGAGCAGUUCGUGCUUAUAAAUUUCACAGAGCGGGAUCUUGGCAUUCGAGAGAGACUACCGUGGUCGCCGAGCCCGCUCGCGUAUCAGGGAUUCGGGUGCUGGUCAGAAGGCAGCGGUGACUUCUUCUUCAAUGGAAUAUUGGCUGCCUUUGCGAUGGCCGCAGGCGCUUCAGCCCUGCUGAUGUCCAGCGUAGUCUUCGGAUUGAAGAGGACUGGGAACAGCUGCUGUGGAAGGCCUCUGGAAGAAAAGCCUCUGGAAGACGUAUAG